GAGGAGAUGGAUUGGCUUUGAUUUGACAUUGAUAGAGAAGCAUAGAAUGUGAAAGGAUAUUCCAUUCUAUAUUGGGGAAAUGAUAUUUGAGUAUAAUCAGGAGUGGCAGUGGGCCCUCUUCUCAUUUAUCCAUACACACAUCAUACAUUGAUGUCGAUUAUUUUUCAUCUGUUAGCUUAUGGGAUAAUCCCACCAAUACCUUGGCCCUUUAGGUCCUUUUCCACGCCAAUCUUUUAGCCCUUGUAUCAUCUUCCUAUUGGCUUCCCAGGUCUUCGUUCCAGUUGUUUUUAACCCCCAAAAGUGGAAGGAACUGCUUCAUUCUAAUUUCUACAAUCUCUCUCUCUCUCUCUCUCUCUUCUGUGCAACAAUUCCACCUUUUCUCUCUCUUCUGCAACAACCCCAAUAAUCGCGGUGGUUUUUUCUUUAUAGAGAGAUGGGUUCUUUUCAGGACAGUAGUAGCUGGGUUUGGGAGGACUACAACCUUAUAGAAGAGGUUCCAUCCACUGGUUUUUCGUGGCUUGGUUCUACCAGUGUGGGCAUUGGCAAGCCUUCUAAAGAUGCAGGAUGUGAGAAAGUUUCCUUGAGAAAAAGGGGUCCUGAAGAAUCUUUCAGUGGUCCUGGAACCAAAGCCUGUCGAGAGAAAAUGAGGAGGGACAGGAUGAAUGACAGGUUUUUGGAGCUGAGCUGUGUUUUGGAGCCUGGAAGACCACCAAAAACUGAUAAAUCUGCAAUUUUAUGUGAUGCAAUUCGUGUUCUCAACCAAUUAAGAACCGAGAUUCAAGAGCUCAAAAAUGCAAAUGAAAAGCUUCAGGAGGACAUCACGAAUCUAAAGGCAGAGAAGAACGAGCUUCGAGAUGAGAAGCUGAAGUUGAAAGGAGACAAGGAAAUAUUGGAGAAGCAAAUUAAAGGCAUGAGUGCACCAUCACCACCCUUCUUAGCUCAUCACCCCACCCCGGUUUUUGCAGCACCACUCAACAAAACAAUGGCCUUCCCACACUACAAUGGUAUGGCAAUGUGGCAAUGGAUGCCCCCAUCAGCUGUGGAUACCUCUCAGGAUCAUGUUCUCAGGUCCCCUGUUGCUUAGCUCUCUCUCUCUCUCUGAAUGCGUACUCUGAUUGUUUUGUUUCGAAUGAGGCAAUGUAUUGUUGCCCCUUCUGUUGCAAAAGAGGUCUCUCUCUCUCUCUCUCUCUACACUUUCUUGACUAGCCUUUUACUUCUAAGGAGGCACGCAAUGUGUUUCUGCUCAUUUUAUUGCAAAUGGAACUCAAUUGUAUAUUUAUUGUAUAGGUGAAAAAGUGCAGCACUUGUCCUGCAUCAAUUUCAUGUAGUGACCUGGAUGCUAGCAAUAUCAAAAUUAACCCAGUUUCUUGGUUC